AUUUCCUCGUUUUCUCCUCUCCUAUAGUAAGUUAAAGUUCACCGAUCUAAACUAGACCGGCGCGUAUACGAUUUUGGCGACCAGUCCGGUGCGCACUGCGCAUUAUCUACCGAUAACGACGACCACGAGCCUCGCUCUUUCCACUACAGAUAUAAAUAGCCAGCUCACUACAGCUCAGCUUAGAACAGCUCCUUGUUCCCUCCGGCUCUCUCUCUCUCAAAUUCUAGGUUUUGAUCUUCACUCAUUCAUGGUCUAAUUUCUAGGGUUUUAGUUUGUUUCCUAAUCAAAAACCCUAACCAUGGCCGAUUGGCAACAGCUGCUUCAAUCAAUCUUAAUUGGCCUCAUUUUCUCUUACCUCCUCGCCAAGCUCAUCUCCAUAGUUACAUCUUUCAAGGAAGACAAUCUCACCCUCACUCGGAGCCACACCCAGGACGAUCAACUUCGCCCCGGAUCCGAAUCCGGACCCGACGAGACUCACGACGAAUCUUCUCGCUCGGCCGCGGGAGGUUCCGGAGAUUUGGGCGGGACGCACGAUGUUGAUUCUGUGAUUGCGGAGCACGGUAGCGUUAGGAAUGAGAGCGUAGCUGGUAGUGACGAGUUUGAUGACGAGGAUGAGGAUGACGACGAUGAUGAUUGGGAGGGAGUGGAGAGCACGGAAUUGGAUGAGAUGUUCAGUGCUGCUACGGCUUUUGUGGCGGCGGCGGCGGCUGAUCGGCUCUCGACACAGAAGGUCUCCAAUGAUGUGCAGUUGCAGCUUUAUGGACUCUACAAAAUUGCCACCGAAGGCCCUUGCAGUGCACCUCAGCCAUCGGCAAUUAAAAUGACUGCUCGCGCCAAAUGGCAAGCAUGGCAGAAACUGGGUGCCAUGCCACCAGAAGAAGCAAUGCAGAAGUACAUUGAUAUUGUUACAGAGCUGUAUCCUACAUGGCUGGCAGGUGCAAAUGUGAAGAGCAGGGGUGGAGAUAAUGAUGGACCUAGUAAUGGUUCCAGAGGACCAAUGGGACCAGUUUUCAGCACCUUUGUUUACGAGGAGGAAUCUGCAAAUGAUUUCAAGAUGGAUGCUAUUCAUGCUUUUGCCAGAGAAGGAGAAGUGGACAAUUUGCUCAAAAGCAUUGAAAGUGGUGUACCAGUGAAUCUGAAGGAUAGCGAGGGUCGAACUCCAUUGCACUGGGCUGUAGAUCGUGGUCACCUUAACAUGUCGGAACUCCUUGUUAGUAAGAAUGCUGAUAUCAAUGCACAGGACAAUGAAGGGCAGACCCCAUUGCAUUACGCCACUAUGUGUGAGAGAGAAGCCAUUGCUGAAUAUCUCGUGAAGCAAAAUGCAGACAUCAAUCUAAAAGACAAUGAUGGCAACUCUCCAUGUGAUCUUUGUGAAUCAAACUGGCCUUGGAUGCAACACUCAAAGGAGUAGUAGUCACUUAUAAAAAAAAGUCUGGUUGUAUAUGGCAAUGUACAAGAACCACCACCCUUUAAUAUCAUGAUAAUAUACUAAUUUAGAGCCUUAUGUUUUUUUCUCUUUUCUACAAGGAAGGAUAAGGUUCCACUGGGUCAAUAGCAAAAAAGAUAUGUUCUUUCAUUUUCUUUGGCAUUUGCAUAGAGUUGACACGUGUAUUUUGGUCGACUGCUCAACUUGAUCCUUAGUAGAUAUGAAAAAUCACAGAGUACCUUACUCCUUACAAGUGUCUAAACUUAAACCGAAGUGAUGUAUGUACAAUGCUUGGAACAGCAAUAACAAUGGUAGUUAUUGUUUUAAUGCUCA